AGGACACGAGGUGUUUGUGAUAAUUCCUCCCAGACCUAGGCUCCCACAAAUAAAGACGUUGUCGAAAUCGAACUGCCACUCUAUUGGCGGAUACCGACCGGUGGCAGACCAGCUGUUGUUCUUUAAGAAGACGAGGAACAUUCCUCGAUAGGGAAAAUUUAUAACCAGAACCGCCGCGACGCCGCCGUCUACAGUCACGUCACUCUGCACCAACCUCUGUGUCGCGAGGCUUCUGCCCCCCCAAAAAAAACCAUCUUCUUCUUCUGUUGGCUUUUCCAUCCUUGUUUUUCCUGCCCUUUCAAGAAAUUUCACCCGAAUACACCAUCUAAUCUGUAAUCCCUCUGUUCUCAAACCAAACUAGAAGAAAGUGAAUCCUCCAUUUUCAAGUCCAGGUGAGUUCAUACACAGAAUUGCUUUUUGAUCUAAAGGUGAGAAUUGAUUUAGCCAUAUAUUUUGUUUGCUCUUUAUGACCAAAUUUCCAGCUUUGCUGUGUUCUCUGGUUCUAAUAUAAAAUCACACAAGAUUGUGAGCACAGAUAGAUUACUUAGUAUUGAAACUUUAGAUUUGAUUUGUAUAGUUGAGAUUCCCAUUAAAGGACAAAAGCUAAAGGCUGCCUAACAGUAUACUAUUAUGGCCUCUUCCCACAUGCUAAAAGCAUACUGCAUUGAUUUUUAUGAUUGAUUGAUUGGCCUUCCAUGCUCCAUUUUGUUGACAUUUUAUAGUGCAUUUCAACAAGUAAGUUGAAUUGAUUUAUUGGGUUACUGUUUCCUGCUAGCUGGCCUUGUUAUCAUCAGCUCACAUCUUCUGGGAUAUGAUUGAAAAUUGAUCAAAGAUAGAUCAGAUCCUGGUUUCUGUCUUUUACUUCCCUGGAGGUCAGAAUUUUCUUGGAUUUCAAAAUUAGAUGACCCUUUUCUGUCUCUGAGAAAAAGAAAUGGGGUGUUCUGUCUCAACCAGUAGUUGUGGGGAGAAAGAAUCUUCUGAAUGCUUCUGCAGAAGCUUGUUUGGGCGAAGGUUCCGGAACAACAUCCGGGAAUCACAGCAGCUGGCUUCAAUACCUAACCGGAUUUUUUCAAAUGGAAGGAGCCGCACGUCUUGUAUAUUCACUCAGCAGGGUCGAAAGGGCAUUAAUCAGGAUGCCAUGAUCGUGUGGGAAGAUUUCAUAGCAGAAGAUGUAAUAUUUUGUGGCGUCUUUGAUGGGCAUGGGCCAAAUGGUCAUAUGGUUGCUCGCAAAGUGAGGGAUCAAUUGCCAUUGAAGCUAUUGUCGUUCAUGCGGUCCUUAGAAUCAAAACGCAAUGGCUCUUCUAAUUGUUGCCAUGGGAAGCCAAAGCUGGACGAUGUUGAGCCUGAGAAGGAGGGUCUUAUGGAGGAUAAGAUCAUUGGCAGCUCAUCUUGGAGAGAAGCUUUCUUGAAAUCAUACAAGGCCAUGGACAAAGAAUUAAGGUCUCAUCCUAACUUAGACUGCUUUUGCAGUGGCAGCACUGCUGUCACCAUAGUCAAACAGGGGUCAAAUCUUUUCAUGGGGAGCAUCGGCGAUUCUCGGGCAAUCUUGGCAUCAAGGGACCACAAUGAUACAUUGGUGGCUAUCCAAUUGACUGUUGACCUGAAACCCGAUUUGCCUAACGAAGCAGAGAGGAUAAAGCGGUGUAAGGGACGGGUAUUUGCAUUGCAAGACGAACCUGAAGUUCCCAGAGUUUGGCUGCCCUUUGAUAAUGCCCCGGGGUUGGCAAUGGCGAGAGCCUUUGGGGAUUUCUGUUUGAAGGACUAUGGGGUCAUCUCCAUCCCUGAAAUCUCUCACCGUGUUCUUACAGACAGAGACAAGUUUAUUGUUCUUGCAUCUGAUGGUGUAUGGGAUGUGCUGAGCAAUGAAGAGGUGGUUGAAACAGUAGUGUCAGCUCCUUCAAGGUCAUGUGCAGCAAGGAUGAUAGUGGAAUCAGCAGCGCGCGAAUGGAAGACCAAAUACCCAACUUCGAAGAUGGAUGACUGCGCAGUGGUUUGCAUGUUUCUUGAUGGGAAAAUGGAUUCUGAAUCGGACUACGAAGGCGGCUUCUCUUCUGCCACCAUUCACAGCAACAGCCAUUCUGGAAAUUUUGCAGAUUCAGACGAUGGACAACAGAACAUUGAACCUUCACUGCAGAGGAACUUCACUGUCAGAUCAGCAGAGGAAAAUGAUGCUUUCAAAACGACGGUUGCAGCAUAUGAAGAAGGCUUGGAUGAAGAAGAGGAUGACUGGUCGGGACUGGAAGGUGUCACGCGUGUCAACUCAUUGGUCCAACUCCCCAGAUUUUCUGGAGAGAAGAGAAGGCCAUAAGACUCACUCACUAUUUAUAUGAUCAUAAUCUGUAUUACUAGUCUUAUAGUGCCAUCUGAGUUUGCUGUUUUUUCAUAUUCUUUGAAGGCUUUCCGUUCAAGAAACUAUUUCUGCAGUUUUUUUCCCACUUUUUCCCUUAGGACAAAGGUUGGUGUUCAGUUUCAUACAACUUUCUUGCAGUUGUCUCUCAAUU